AUGACUCGGUGCCAGACAGAUUGCGUCGAGAAACCUCUCUGCCGGGCUUUUCGUCAACUUGGAAUCCUCUUGCAAGAAGAUAACGAUGACAUGAAAAAUCUCAGUUUGUUGUGGCUCAAGAAUUUCCUUCAAGAAUUUCCAAACAAAUUGAAAAAUCAGAGGAGUAUUAUGGUUUCCUAUUUCACAUCAAUAUCAAGACAAGAAGAAUUUGAAGGAACUCCGAAGAAAAUUAUUCCUUUGUUCUCUGUCACAUAUUUUCUUUCAAUAUUCUUUUCUAUCGUAUCUUGUAUGAGGUUGGACUGUGUGAGGAAUAAGUUCUGGGUUGCUGCUCUUGGAGUUUUUUUGGCUGGAUUAGCUGUACUGUCAGGAUUUGGGCUGCUGUUAUACUGUGGGAUGAAAUUUGCCAUUAAUACUGCCAAUGCACCUUUUCUGAUUCUAGGUAUUGGCAUAGAUGAUUUCUUUGUUAUGCUUGCCAGCUGGCAAAAGACCAUGGUCACGGAUGAAGUUGAAGAUCGCCUGGCAGACACAUACGCUGAAGCAGCUGUCUCUGUUACAAUCACCACUCUAACUGAUGUGUUGGCCUUUUAUAUUGGCAUUAUGACACCUUUUCGAUCUGUGCAGUCAUUCUGUGUUUACACCGGCACAACUGUUCUGUUUUGCUUCAUUUAUAACAUUACAUUUUUUGGAGCUGUUCUUGCACUUAAUGGGAGGAGAGAAGCUAGUAACAGGCAUUGGCUGACUUUUAGAAAAGUUGAAAGUGAUCAUGAACCAGAAGAAUCUAAAUGCUAUGCAAUGUGCUGUGUAGGUGGAGCUUACGAUAGUGAGACUGGUACAGAAAUAGAACAUCCAGUUUAUUUCUUCUUUAAGGAAUAUUAUGGUCCAUGCCUUACAAACAUUUGGACCAAGGCAAUUGUGGUUGUCCUAUACAUUGGUUAUUUGGCCAUCAGUAUUUAUGGCUGUUUAAAUAUCAAAGAGGGAAUUGAUCUGAGAAAUCUUGCCUUUGAUGGUUCAUAUGUGAUUAAAUUCUAUGAUGAUCAAAGUACUUUUUUCUCAAAAUAUGGACCACGUGUUAUGGUUGCUAUCACUGAACCCGUGGAAUAUUGGAAUUCCACUGUUCAGGAUGAAAUUGAAACCUGCAUGGGCAGAUUGGAAAACAACUCAUAUGUCGAUCCUGAAUUGUCAGAGUCUUGGCUUCGUGUGUACAUUGAUCUAUCUAAAAAGAUGUCAAUAGACAUACAGGAGAAAAAUGCAUUCAUGGGAAAUUUACCUACAUUGUUUCAAAUUGUUCCUUUAUUUAAACAAGACACUGGGUUUUCAGAAAGUAAGCAACAAAUUAAUGCUUCUCGCUUUUUCAUUCAGACCAUUAAUGUCAAUACUUCAGUUGCUGAGAAAAACAUGCUGAAUGAAUUAAGAAAGCUUGCAGAGGAAUGUCAAAUCCCUCUGUUGGUGUAUCAUCCUGCAUUUAUCUAUUUUGAUCAAUAUCUUGUUAUAGUAUCCAACACAAUACAGAAUGUAGUUGUCGCUGCUGGUGUAAUGCUGAUCGUUGCUCUACUUUUAAUACCUAAUCUAAUGUGCUGUCUGUGGGUAACACUUUCCACUGCAUCAGUUUUAGUGGGUGUUGCUGGUUUUAUGGCUUUUUGGAGUGUCAAUUUAGAUUCUAUAUCAAUGAUUAAUCUGGUCAUUUGUAUUGGUUUUUCUGUGGACUUUUCAGCUCAUAUUUCGUAUGCAUUUGUGUCCAGUGACAGAGAAAGUGCAAAUGAGCAAAGUAUUGAUGCAUUAUAUAGUCUUGGAUAUCCCAUCAUCCAGGGAGCCCUUUCAACCAUACUGGGUGUGGUUGUAUUGGCUGCUGCAGCAAGUUACAUAUUUAGGACAUUUUUUAAAAUCAUGUUUCUUGUCAUAACUUUUGGGGCCGUUCAUGGCCUUAUAGUUCUGCCUGUGUUUCUAACAUUUAGUGCAAGCUGCAGAAAAUCAAACAGUGCAAAAUCAGAUAAGACAAUGAACCUUUCGAAAAUCCAUGUCUAUUCUGAUGAGGCAUUGGAACAAAAGAUGAGAAGUGAUUCAAAUACAAUGACAAGUGUCUUCAAACCAUUUAGAGGCAUUGCAGAUGGACUAGAUCGUGACUGUCCCUGUUUCUCCAUUCCAAACGUCCUCAACAACUCAUCCACUUCUCAUGGCAGCAUCCCUUGCAAUCGCGUGACAUGUAACACCCGCCCUUUUAGCCCACCUGUCCUGACUUCCCAAGGCCCCCAACAUUCCUUCCACUUGAAGCAACAAUCUUCCUAA